AUGUUCUCCUCCAACUACGAACGUGUGCAAACACAUGACGACGACGACCACGUAGCCGGCCAAAACUCACACCCUAUUCCAAACUCGCCCCCACCAUCUUUUCGUUCGCGCAACUCCUCUCGCAGGAACUCUGCUCAACACGACCACCACCACGACGAGGAUGCCGACCGGGAUAUUGACGACGCCUUUGCCGCUCCCUCGGACGACGAAUCAGACCAUGAUGGCCCCGAUGCCGACCGUAGGCGACUUGUUCAGUCCAGCGACCGCGACUCUCCCGAGGUACCUGCACCUGAGGUCCAGCCNCCUCGAUUAAAUCGCCGGGUUACCGAGAUUAAUAUGUUCUUGACUGGUGCCGGUCGCUCGAGCAAUAGCAGAGCUGUUGGCGGUGGAAGUAGCGCCAACGAUGGCGUCUUUGCCAACAUCUCUGCGAAGCCUACUCGUGGUGAAGAGCUCGAGGAGAAGCCUCCACAAGCAGCCGCUGAUUCCGCGCCGCCAUACUGGGAAACCUCUAUUCUGGCUCCUGGCGCCUUCAACAGCGACGACAUCUUUGUCGACGGUCUCGUCGUCGGCAGUCUAUUCUCCUUUGUCUGGAACGCUCUCAUCUCCAUGUCCUUCCAACUCAUCGGUUUCCUCCUUACAUAUCUCCUUCACACCACACAUGCUGCAAAGCACGGCUCUCGUGCUGGUCUGGGUAUCACCUUGAUUCAGUACGGCUUCACCUUCCGAUCAGUACCCUCAGACCCUGUCACCGGCGUACCGGCAAACGAUCCAUCUGGCACCAUCCCCUCAGACCCCAACGCUCACGAUUUCAACCCUUCAAAGGUCGCUGGAGGUGUUACCGGAGUGGAAGAGGCAGAUGGUCUCCGCGCUCAAGACUGGAUCUCAUACAGUCUUAUGAUCGUCGGUUGGUUCAUUCUGAUCAGAUCUGUCAGCCAAUUCAUCCGUGCCAGGCGGCAAGAGAUGAUCAUCCGUGGCACCAACGACAGAGGUCUCGGCACGGCUGUUGUGGCAAGCAAUGAGACGCCUGAGCAAGCCGUUUGA